GGUACUGAAAAACCACACAUAUAUCUAUGACUUGCUGAGAUGUUUACCAGAAAUAAUUGGAAAGGUAACAUUCUGUUAAGAUCUAGAAAUCGAUUCAACAAAACCUGCAGAGUUAGAGGAGAAACAACUCAAUCUAAACAAACAUUGAUAAAGUCAGUUCCUUUUUGUUUUUCUGUUGUGUUUCAUGUUUUCUGCUUUGCUUUUGCUUCUAUAUCUCUUUUAACACAGUUACAGCAGAAAGUUUUCAUGGAGAAAUGGAAUCACACGUCAAAUGAUUUCAUUUUGUUGGGUCUGCUUCCCCCAAAUCAAACUGGCAUAUUACUCCUGUGCCUUAUCAUCCUCAUAUUCUUUCUGGCCUCGGUGGGUAACUUGGCCAUGAUUCACCUCAUCCACGUGGAUCCCCAUCUCCACACACCGAUGUACUUUCUUCUCAGCCAGCUCUCCCUCAUGGACCUGAUGUACAUCUCCACCACCGUCCCCAAGAUGACGUACAACUUCCUUUCCGGACAGAAAGGCAUCUCCUUCCUGGGAUGUGGUGUGCAAAGCUUCUUCUUCCUGACAAUGGCAUGUUCUGAGGGCUUACUCCUGACCUCCAUGGCCUAUGACCGUUAUGUGGCCAUCUGCCACCCUCUCCACUAUCCCAGCCGCAUGAGUAGAAGAGUGUGUGCGAACAUGAUUGGAGGCUCUUGGACACUGGGGUCCAUCAACUCCUUGGCACACACAGUCUAUGCCCUCCAUAUUUCCUACUGCAGGUCUAGGGCCAUUGACCAUUUCUUCUGCGAUGUCCCAGCCAUGCUGCUUCUUGCCUGUAUGGAUACUUGGGUCUAUGAAUAUGUGGUUUUUGUAAGUACAAGCUUCUUUCUUCUCUUUCCUUUCCUUGGCAUCACUGCUUCCUAUGGCCGAGUCCUAGUUGCUGUCUAUCAUAUGCGUUCAAAAGAGGGAAGAAAAAAGGCCUUCACCACCAUUUCAACCCACUUAACUGUAGUGAUCUUUUACUAUGCACCUUUUGUCUACACCUAUCUUCGGCCCAGGAAUCUCCGCUCACCAUCCGAAGACAAGAUCCUGGCAGUCUUCUACACCAUCCUUACCCCCAUGCUCAAUCCCAUUAUCUACAGCCUGAGGAAUAAGGAAGUGCUGGGUGCCAUGACAAGAGUGUUUGCAAUAUUCUCUUUUCUGAGAGAAUAAUCAUGGCUGUCCUACUCCCUUCUUAUUUCCUCUUUUCUAGUUGAUUCAAACACCUGAGUGCAGGGUUGUCCAAUAGGCAUGUAACAUAAUUUACAAUUUUCUAGCAGGUACACUAAAGCAGUACAAUUAAUUUCAAUAAAAUAUUUAAUUCAAAACAAUGUUAUAAUUAAUAUUAACAAUAAUUGAUAUUAAUUACAUAGCAUACAUUUUCAAUGUUUUAUGUGAUAUUUUGUAGUACACGUUUAUACAUAUGUUACUACUAAGGUAAUAAUAUUUAUACUCAUAUAUUGUCAUAUCAUUUCUAAGUCACUAUGAUGGCAACACAUCCUUGGGUGCUAAAAGGAUUAGCCCAGCUGCUGUAGAGACAAUGGGAGUAGAAGGGCCUAGAGCCCAAGCAGGACCACUGUGAGGAAACGAGUGUCAUAAUCCAGAGAGGCAGGAUGGAGUUCCGACCACAGUUACAGCAGCAGUGCGGCCAGGACAACUGAACCCUAGACACUCCAAAGGCAGGACCAACAGGGCUUGCUGAUGGGCUGGACCUGGGCUAGAGAAGUCAAGAGAGGACUCCAUCAGACGCCUGGCCUUGGCAUCAAAGGAAUGGAGUUGCCAUCCAGUGACAUGAGAUGCCUGUGGUGUUUGUUGCUGUUGUUGCUGUAGUCAGUGGGGAGACUUGGGGGAAAAUUGGAGUUAAGUUUUAGGAAUAUUGAGUUUAAAAUGUCUAUUUUGAUGUCAAGUGGAGAGCUGAAUGUAAAGACUGGUAUUCAGAGGAAAGGACAGAGAAAGCCAGGAAAUAGGUACGGAUUUAGAGGAUCUUGCUGGUCAUGAAAGAAAAUUCCAGAGGAAACAGUGGAAAUCUUUUCGGAGUUGGAGAGGGAAAGAGACAGGUCAUCAUAGGAGACACGCAAAGCUCUUUGAACUGAAUGCAAGAGAUGAAGACUCAGUUUGGUUACUGACUGACUUAAACCAUAAUAAAAUGCACAGUGAGACAAGAUUCAAGGGAGACAGCUGAGACCAGAAUAUUCCUGGGACUCUUGUUUCCCCCUAUGAAGAGAGUGGAAGGCGUCU